AUGGAUAUGGGCGUGGGUAUGGAUUUCUACCCGCCAAUCAUAUCGGAUAUCAACUGGGCGGAUAAAACAAUGCAUCGCACUAAAAGGGCAAAGCUGGAAUCAGCAUCUGCUGUGAGUUCAGACAGAUUCAGCCACCUACCUCCAGAGAUAAAACUCACCAUCCUCUCUAAGUUGAAUGUCUUGGAUGCUAUUAGAGCCAGCAUCCUAUCCAGUGCUUGGAAGAAUGUGUGGACUACUUCGCCAGCAAUACUUCUAUCUGAUGCGUAUCACAUCCCGGGUUCCUCUAUAACAACGAGACCCAAAUUUAUUACGCUGGUCGAUCUGGCAUUGUUGCUUCAUAAUGGACCUCUAGCUUCAUUCUCACUUGCAUGUUUCAGAACAUAUCAUGAUGUAUUUGAUAGGUGGAUGUGCAUGCUGUCAAGGAAAAAACCAAGGUCAGUUAAAAUCAAGUUUUACAAUGGGGAUAAAUAUAAGAUUCCGUCAAGCCUCUUCUCUAUCAGUGGUUUGGACUAUCUGCACUUAAAAAGAUGCAUCAUUGGCUUGCCUCAGAAGUUUGAAGGUUUCAAGCAGCUAACUGUCCUGAAUCUGAAACAUUUCUCCUCAACAGACAGUGACAUACAUAAUCUGGUCUCCUCAUGCCCCUUGCUCACUACAUUGUGUUUGAAAUAUUUUGAGGGUAUCAAUUGUCUCAGUAUUAAAGCUCAGGCACUGCAGGAUUUAGAUGUUAAAGGGAACUUUCAAGACUUUCAUCUGCAUGCGCCUAAUCUGUGCAAUGUGUAUGUUACACUUGGGAAAACAGAAAACGAACAAUCAGCUGUAGUUGCAGGCAACAGGAAAAACUAUCUGAAGCAAGCUUUUGUUGGCCCAUCUAACAUAUACAGACUUGUUAUAAAAAGAUGCAUCGUCGCCUUGCCUCUGGAGUUUGAAGGUUUCAAACGGCUACUUGUCUUGAAUCUGAAAUAUUUCUCCUCAACAGACAGUGAUAUUAAUAAGCUGAUCUCCUCGUGCCCCUGGCUGAAUACAUUGCGUUUGAAACAUUUUGAUGGUAUCAGUUGUCUUCGUAUUCAAGCCCAGGCACUGCAGAUUUUAGAGGUUGAAGGGAACUUCGAAGACUUUCAUCUGGAUGCACCUAAUCUGUCCCAUGUGUAUCUUACACUUGACAAAAUAGAAGCCCAACAAUCUGUCGCAGUUGCCCCCGACAUGAAAAACUAUCUGAAGCAAGCUUUUGACAGCCUAACUAGUAUAGAAGAGCUUACAAUAAAUGGCUCUUUCUUGACGUAUCUAUCCAAAGGGUGCUUGUUGACCAAACUCCCAGGUGUGUUUAAUCGUCUGAGGAAGAUUUGUAUUGAGAAGUGCUCUUGGAACUGGGCAGAGGUCUUGGGUGCUUGUUCAAUAUUUCAGAAUGCCCCUACAUUCAGAGAACUUGAGAUAUGGAGUUUCUUCCGUCCAGAAGCUUCUUGGUGCCAGCCAAUAUGGGAUGAGGAUCAAACGGAGAUUGAAGAGCCUACCUUGCAUCACCUCGUGACAGUGACCAUGAAUGGUUUCGUGGGGCUGGAAUACGAAAUUGCUCUUGUUGGGCUGCUUCUGAGAUGGUCGUCUGCCUUAGAGGAAAUGAAGAUAAUCAGAUUUGAGGAUGAGGAUGACAUCUAUGAUGAAUGCAUGUGCAAUGCUCUUACUAAGUUACUGGCUCUCCCGAGGGUGUCUAACAAAGCCAAGAUCACUUUCAUCUGAUUCAUAUACAAGCCAAGAUCAAUUUCAUCUGAAUCGUAUACCUCCUGAUCAUUCUGCUAAAAUUUCGCUUCGUAUUGACGUUGCUGGUGGCAGAGCUACUGUUAUUAGUCUGUCAUGGGAUGUUUGGGGUUAUGCUUGCGUGAAAUCUGAACUGUAUGUGUCUUUAAAUCAUUAUAUUUCUCCUUUAAACUGGCCAUGCUUGGUUCAGAAUGAAUGUUUCUUGGAAAAUUACCAUGUCCCUUCUGUUCUGUUCAAUAAAUUGGAAGUUGGUCGGUCAGCUCCAAUUGCUUGAAAUGUUUGUGAAUUGAUGUUUCAAAAUCAAAAGCAUAAUGGAAGACAAGCUCAUUAAAAGUUGGCCUGUGGGCUUGGGCUUCAAGUAAAGUCCAUAGUU